AUGCCUUGCUUCAAAGGCCUUGCAGUCAGUAUCCAUACCCCUGAUGGACCCCUCCCCGAAUACUCGGUCCAACGCCAAUCGAGAGCCUCUCGCAUUGCAUCCUACAUACCUGUUCCGCCGCCAAAGAUCUCCGAUCUAUCGAGCGGCAAGCCUGAACAAUCCACGUUCGCGAUAUCUAUCACCCUUCUUACUCCUGGCAUGAAAGUCCCGUACUCCACUCCGAAACCUACGCCCGAGAACCCACACCCGAAGCCCAAGACGGUCGGCGGAAUUCCAGGCCAACUAGCCACAGCGGCUUCGAUCAAUCCCUACCAACCUCUGACAGCUUCUCCGAACGAGACAAUCGCAGCCUAUAUAUAUUUCGAUGGAAGACAGAAGGAAGAAGUAGCUACAUUGUUGCGAAGGGGCGAGGAGACUUGGGUCAAUUCGAGAUGGGUUGGCAUACCAGAGUCAGAGGGUGGCGGCCUUGCGGAGCGAGAAUUUCUUUUCCGUGAAGUUGGAUUGGAAAGAUGGCUGAAUGGGCUGGACCUGGAGGGAACGGAUGCUGCAGAGAAGAUCGAACGGCGGCGGCAAAAAAUGGAGAAGCGAAGGAAAAAAAAGGAGCUUCGAGAGGCUGCUCGUCUAGGAGGCGGGAGUGAUGGCGAAACCGCUGUGGGGAUGGAUUUGGAUGACAGGAAGCCGAGGCGUGACCAUGAUGUGCUAAGGUAUGGGGAUGAUGCACAAUCUCCAGUUGAGGAUCUCUCGGAUGGUACAGAGAUAUAUUCUUCUGACCAUGAUUCCGACGAUGAUCCUAUUCCCGAGACGGCUGGACAGAUUAAGGUGGCUUUGUUUCGCGUGUUGGCGUCAGGGGAGAUCAGGCGUGGUGAAUACUCGCCGCAAUUUGAUGCGCACGAAGACGACGAAGAUUCCCAAGCGGCAAACGGAGGUGGAAACAAUGCUGAUAUCGACCACACGACUAGUUUUGCAAAGCCAAAAUCCUUAGACCCAAAGUCCAUUAGUACACAAACUGUCACCGGGAUCGACCCAGCAGACAGACCAUACGCCGUCUUUACAUUUAUGUACAGAGGAGAACGGCAACUGCAGAAGAUGGGUAUCCUAAAGUCAUCCAGACAACAGGAUAAAGAUACAGAGAAGGCCGCCAGACGAAAGUCAGGCCAGCCAGAUUUCUCCAAAAUUGGACCUCUCAGGCCUGGAGGUGGUGCAGGAUUUUUGAACUUCCGAGACGGCGAGGCGAACGUCUCAAAGUCUCGGAAGAAAGCUAAAGGAACCGCAAGCGAUAUGGAGAGCGAUGACGAUGAGGACGAUUUUAGCCCUAUAGUCGGAAAGGCAGAAGAUGAGGAGGAAAAGGAAGGAAAUUCCUUCCUCUCUCCAGAAGACGCGAGAUUCCAAGGAGAGCUCGCCGAAGGGGUCCGCCAAAUAAAGCUGAAACGGCAACAUUCUUCUGAUCCCCUUUCGGAUAUUGCGAGUAACGCUGAUGCUACUCGACCUUCGAAAUCUGCGACACCAGCGUCAAGAUCCACGCCACCGGCACCGUCCGGGCAAGACUCAUCUCCUCCGAACAAUCCGACAGGGAAAGACCCGAUUUUGAAUUCUUUGGAUGACGGCUUCGUUGGUAGCCCGCUCAAAAAGCAGCGAGCGAGCUUAUCAAACUCAGACAAUCUUCCCCGCCAAAGAUUGGGUUCGAGCAUGUCAACAGGCAUUCAAGAAGCCAUAGGCAUGGAAGUCAGUGCACAGGAAGCGAACAAUGGCGUGGGAGCUUCAACGGAGGUCAACAUGGAAGCUGAUCGCAAGCCAGGCACUCUUGAGGAGGAGCAGUUAUGAUCAUACUUGGCUAUCCACUCUCAAUUGAUCAUGGGGACGAGAUUGGAUUCUUCAAAUUGCGAAUCCUGCUUACUUUGUGUUGAAGAUUUAAUCUUGGAGUCCGUCUGCUUUGCUUACUUUUACAAAGAUUUCCAAUUCAGUUGAGCCAUGACUGGGGCAAGCCAAGAACCCGUGCUCAUUUUUUCCGUUUUCCCUUCUCAUGCGGGUGUUUCUUUGAAUCUCUUGCGCAAAUGCAGGCCUUCGGGCUUCAAGUUUUCCAGUCGUUCAGGUUUUUUUUUCUACCUUUAUUCAUGGCUUUCAUCUAUUUCUAGAUACAGAGCAUACCCAUUUGCUCGUCACACUUGGGGCUUCGGUUUGAACCUGGAUAGGAGAUCUUCCCUGAAGUGUGGUCUUCAGGAGUUAGCUGCCUAGAUACGGAGUAUUCUUAAGUAAUAUACUUUGCACGCGAUGAACUUUGGCAGCGUGUUAAAUAUCUGAAUUCCUUUACA